AUGAAUCCUGCAAGUCUCGUCAAAGAAAAACUCAUGUUUUUCAUCAACAAGUUAUGCAAAUCACACUCUAAGAAGCAUGGAGUAGUUCCGAAAGGUCAUAUACCCGUGUACGUCGAAGGAAAGAGAUACAAAGUUCCUCUGAAGUAUCUCUCGCGUCCAGCUUUCCAAAAACUCAUCGAGAAGUCCCAAACCGAUGUGUUGGAUCCAAAGAUUGAAGGGCCUCUUGUGCUUCGAUGUACAGCCGACGACUUCCAUAAGUCGCUGGAGAAUUUCAAGGAGGGUCUUUCUUUCUCCAAGACUUUCAAAUUCCAAUCCCAGAGGACAGAGAAGCAGAAACUCAAGAUGGGUUUUGUGGGUCUUCUUGGAAUUUCUCUUCUUCAAUGCUUUGAUGUUCUUGCAUGGCCUCUCCUUGCUUUGGUCUAUCCUCUAUGUUGUUCCAUUAAGGCGAUUGAAACGAAUUCCAUUUCUGAUAAUCAGAAGUUGAAUACUUAUUGGGUUGUCUUCUCAUUGAUUUUGCUCUUUCAAAAUGCUUUCUUGAAGCUCCUAGAAUGGCUCCCACUGUGGCCAUACAUUAGGAUAAUGAUUGUCUUCUGGUUGGUGAUGCCUCAUUUUGAUGGUGCCUUUUAUGUCUAUAAACACGUUGUCUGUCCAUGCCUCACCAUGGACUCCCAAAUUGUUACCAACUGGUUCAACGAGCGAAGGAAGGAGUUGCUGUUUCGUGCUGAGGGGGAGAGAUAUGUAAGGGAGAAUGUACCUGAAGCUUUGGAAACUAUUGCUUGCAAGGUUAGUCAGGCAGAGCCUAAUCUCACUGGGACUGAAAACAGCAAAUAUACUUCUAGGGAGACUAAAGAAAAAGCCAUGGAGGUCGCAGCUGAUAGAGAAGUUCUGAUCACUCCACCUUCAAAGAAAUCCCAGAAUGAAUGGACUUGUGCCAUCAGUCAGGUAACCACACCAAGUGGUACAACUGUUAAUUCCCAGCUAUACUGUCAAAAACAUAAGGCUGCAUAUGACGCACUAAAAUUAAAGAGCGAGGCAGAGCCCACGCUUACUCAGAUUGAAAACAGUAAAUUUGCGGCUAUGGAGGCUAAAGUAAAGACUAUGGAGGUCGCAACGGGUAGAGAAGUUCUUGAGUCUUCAGUAGAAGUCCAAAAAGAAUUGACUCGUGCUCUGUGUGUGGCAACGACUCCAAGUGAAGCAACUUUGGAUCCGGAAUUGGAAGAGAGGAAACCUAAGGUUAUUAUUAAUGAAAUGGUGCAAGGCCAUGAAAAUACUAUUCCAGCUUCAGUUACGAAAACUUCUGAUGAAUCUAAAGAGAAGCCAGCGGAGGGUGUAUCCGGCGAUGGACUCAAAAGGAACAUUAUUAUAAAUUUUAAGGAAAACGUGCAAGGCCAGCAACAGAACCCAAAUAUAGUUUUAAGGAUGAAGGGCUCUCGUCUGUGGUGUAAUAUUUGUCUUGUGGGCUGCAGUGGUAAGAUUGACUUGAUGUCUCAUCUCAAUGGAAGGAAGCAUAAGGAAAAUGUGCAAGAACUACAACAACAAAAUGCAAAUGAGGCUCCAAGGAAUAAUGAUUCAGCUCUAUGGUGCAAUAUUUGUCAUGUGCGCUGCUCUGAGAUUAACAUGGCAUCCCAUCUCAAUGGAAGGAAGCACAAGGAAAAUGUGCAAGAACCGCAGAAUCCAAGGAAGAAUGAGCCACCUCUAUGGUGCAAAAUUUGUAGCAUAGGCUGCUCUGGUAAGAUUCACUUGGCAUCUCAUCUUAAUGGGAAGAAGCACAAGGACAAAGUGCAGGCACAACAGCAGAAUGCAGAUAUAGUGCAAUGGAAGAACGAUCCCCCUCUAUGGUGCAAAGUUUGUGAUGUAAGCUGCUAUACUGAGUUUGACAUGGCAUCUCAUCUUAGUCGAAGGAAGCACUGGGAGCGUUUAUCAACUAGAAUGCAGAUUGUGGAGAGAUAG